AUGACACGCCCAGCUGUUGGAGGAAUCACUGACUCGUACCGCGAUCAGGACGACGAGAAUCAUGCUCAUACCUACAACGACGAUGACCAUCAGCAUUCCUACCACCAACAAGCUACUACCACAACUACUACGACUACUACCCGUGCCGCUUCAGAGUUUGUAGUAUACCAGGACCCCGAGGAACCACAGCCACAGCCACAGCGUCGCCGGCCGACAAUACAGCGUGGACACCAGCGUUUCCAGCAACAGCAGCAGCAACAACAGGCGCAUCCUGGAGAUAUGUCUGGAGUGGAUUUGCAUGAUGGCGACGAAGCCGGCCUUGAGGGAGGCGAGAAUGAUGGUAUGGAGUAUUACAGCGACCAAGAAAAUAUGCAGCCAACCCGUCGUGCAGAAGGAGGACGAGCAGGAUCAUCCACGGCAACGGGAUCAGCAGGAGCAGGAGCAGGAGUACCGGCAGUACCGGUCCGCGCUACGGCUGUUGGUGGAAUUGGAAGUGGUGCUACUGAUGUUGCCGCUCCUGCGAUGGAUGCGCGUCAAGAGCUGAUGCAGCGGAACAAACAUAUUUCGUCGUCUCAGAUCCAGCAACAGCAACAGCCGCAACAACUUCAGCAGCGUCGAUCUUCGGCUAAUAUUGAGUUGGCAGGGCGAUCAAGAGCUUCGAUUCAACAGCAGCAACAACAACAGUCCGGAGCAUCAGCGGCAGGAGGAUCGUAUAGGGAAAUCCCAGGCGCGCCUGGGAGAAAAAGAACCCGAGAUGGCGACAGAGACGCAGCAGGCUUCCUUGCUGAUCAAGCCAAUGGUGACGGUGGUGGCGCGUCCAUGUCGUCUCAGGACGUGGAACGUCAUCGUCAAGCUAAACGGCACCUGGCGGCUGUACAAAGACAGCAUGAGCACGACGCAGCACAGUCGCUGGCGACAGCAAAAGCACAAGUACAAGUGCAAUCUCAGGAACAACCAGUAGAGCCCUUGACACAACAGCAACUACUCGAGAAACAACAACGGGAUGCCGCUCUCCGGAGGCAACGCAGGGCCCAUGCCGAGGAGGUGAGGCAGUACAACAAGUUGUUAGAACAUAUUGAUUAUGGACAGGUCUAUGAGGAUGAUACGUACGAGUACCGGAACGUCACGCUGCCCAAAGUUAUGCUCCGGUACCUCCCCAGGAACUUGAUGGAUCGGCCCGAAGACAAGAAUUCGCUUGUCCUUCGACUGCUGAAAGAGACUGAAUGGCGUCAUAUCGGGAUCAAGAUGUCGCAGUACUGGGUCCACUAUCUGUCUCAUGCUCCAGAGCCACAUGUAUUGCUGUUCCGAAGACCUGUCGGAACUGGAGCUCGUUUGAAACAGGAACAGGCACAGAAAGCUGCUGCUGAAAAGGCUGCUGCGGCUGCAGCUGCGGCUAAGGAAACACAGCGAGCACUGCUGCAAAGGACUGGAUCUUCUUCCUCGUCUUCCUCCUCUUCACAUCAGCAUCAACAGCAACGUCUGGAUGCUAGAAGUGCUACCUCUAGUGCCACGACUUCAAGAUCUGUAGGAGAUAGUCGGCAGCAGUCGUCAUCGUCAGGAUCUUCCAGGGCGGCAGAGGUAGCAGCAGCAGCAGAGGCAACACAGGAGAGUAGUACGCGUCGGUCACGAGAAACCACCCCUCCUCCCGCUCCCAAGCGCUCCAACGCUAGCAAGCCUCGUGAAUGA